AUGAGGCAACGAGCGGCUUUCGGGUGAGUUUUUAUCGCCUAUUUUUGGCAUUUUCUAAACGGGUACUGUACUUUGAAAGCUCUUUGAAUGUUAAUUUUUCACUUUUGAGCAAGAAAACAGUAGAUCUUAUAAGGAAAUCACUGUCAAAACUGUAUUUUUCCUUAUUUUUUCAGGCCACUGUUGCGGCUUGCCUUACUAGGCUUCAUAUUCGUGAGCUAUGUUCAAUCGGUGAGUUUUUUUUGAAUCCGUUUUCUUUUUUCUGAACUGUAGUUUAACUCUUUCAAUAUCCGACUUUACAAUCUUGAGAUUUUCUCGUUUUUCUUCUUCCAUUCAUCUCAAAGCCUAACUGUAGUUUACACACUCCAUGCUUUUUUGAUCUCCAAUCUUUUCAUUCCGUAAAUUGGAUUUUCCAGCAAGCUACGUGCAGAGACUGCUCUAACCGAGGAUGCUUCUGCGUCGGAGAAAAAGGAUCUAUGGUGAGCCCAACUAGAAAUGCAGUAUUUCUUUAAUCCCCCACCCCACUAAUUUAUGAUAUCGUUUGCCACAUUCGAAAGGUUCUCUUCCGUAGCGAUCGCAUUGAUUGAGCACUACUGAUUGUAACAGAGGUGGCUAGGGAUGAGAGGGGCGCACGCGAGUCCCUCCGAAUCGCAGCUGUCACUAUCCUUUGCAUCCAGCGUGGCACCCCUCCCAAUCAUCGGGACGUGGGAGGAAGGGAAGGGGUCAACGGGGGUCACACAACAUUCGGUUUCGAAACGGCAACUUUCAGGGAGCACCAGGACCACAAGGGCCACCAGGAUCCCUGGGAAUCCGCGGAUUCCCGGGACCGGAAGGCCUUGCCGGACCAAAAGGACAAAAAGGAGCACAAGGUAAACAGUGUACUUUUUAAAUAGUCUAGUUGCUCUCGAAGAAAAGGGAAAGCUCUUCAAUCAUUCUGUCAUUUUGAUCUCUCUGCAGCUACUCAUCGAGAAGCUUGAAACACAACAUUCAAUCACUCAAUCAAAUCUUUUAUCAUCUUCAAUGAGCGGUGCCAGGUCACACUCUUUCUCUUCCCGCUUCUUCUUUUUCUUCUUCUUCUUCUUCGCGAAGCCUGAGCAAUAUGGGAUAGAAUAAUUGAGUGGGCUCUUUCUUGAGCCGAGAGCUCCGUGUUGUAAAAUCCGUCGAGUCGAGUCAUACCAUGAGUCAUUAUAAUCGAGUUUGCAGGACCAAAUGGACCACAAGGAGUUAAGGGAGACCGCGGAGCCGUCGGAGUUCCCGGAUUCCCCGGAAACGACGGAGGCAACGGAAGACCCGGAGAGCCAGGACCGCCAGGAGCGCCUGGAUGGGACGGUUGCAACGGAACUGACGGAGCGCCAGGAAUCCCUGGAAGGCCCGGACCACCAGGAAUGCCAGGUAUACACUUUACAUAUGCGUUGCGCUACAGCAAAGGGUGACAUCGGGGGGUUAUUAGUACUAGUGUCAGUUGUUCGCGCUCAAAAACAAAGUAUGGCGUUACGUCUCGUCUCGCGGUCAGUGAAGUCAAAGCAGUAUUUGUUGGUUGGUUGAAAAGAAGACAAGGAAGCCACAGAUAUUUUCUCGGUUUACACUCGACAGUUGCUCUUGCUUUAUCUCACUCUUCCGCUCGCUUUCUCUCUCUCUCUCUCUCUCUCUAUUUUGAGAGGCAAUUUUGACUGAAAAACGGCUGCAGCGUGUUUUAUGGGUUUUAAACUAAAAAACCAAAGUUCUUUAGGAUUCCCCGGACCGCCAGGAUUGGACGGAUUGAAGGGAGAACCGGCUAUCGGAUAUGCUGGAGCCCCAGGAGAGAAGGGAGACGGUGGUAUGCCAGGAAUGCCAGGACUUCCGGGACCACCAGGACGUGACGGAUACCCAGGAGAGAAGGGAGACCGAGGAGAUACCGGAGAUGCUGUAAGCCACACAAAAAUAUACGAAUUUGUAAAGCAAAUUCAAUUUACAGGGACCGAGAGGACCACCAGGAGAGUCUGGAGCGCCAGGAAACCCAGGAAUCGGAAGCAUCGGACCAAAGGGAGAUCCUGUGAGAACCAGGGCUAAUAGCAGCUAGAUAGGAGGGGGUCUUCCAUUUCAGAAUCAACAUUUGAGCGUUUCCACUUUUAUUUUUCUAAUGUCCAAUUACUGGAAAUUGUAAAUUCUAGGGAGAUCUAGGUGCUGUCGGACCGCCAGGUCCACCGGGACCACGCGAGUUUACCGGAUCCGGCUCAAUUGUCGGACCUCGCGGAAACUCUGGAGAAAAGGGAGACAAGGUACUGUUUAUUAAUUUGUUCUUCUUUUAGGGAGACAUUGGUGCGGUCGGACCGGCUGGCCCGCCGGGGCCCAUCGCCUCCACCAUGUCCAAGGGAACCAUUAUCGGUCCCAAGGGAGACCUAGGAGAGAAGGGAGAGAAGGCAAGAACUGAUAGAGCAGGCUAACUGAACAUCCAUUUCAUUUCUACCAACCACUCCUUAUUUACGCUAACCUAACAACUCUAUUUGUUUUUGCAAUAGAUAGUUGUCCUUUUUUUCAAAGCUUCAAACAUUUUCAACAGUCUUCUACGCUUCUAAUGCAUGCUCUUCCCAGAGUUUUUGUAGAAUAGAUGGUUUCAGCUUCCUGGGUUUCAAACUUCUAUGCCUUCUGCUUCUUUUUUUCAUAACUUACUCACUUUCGAACUUCUUCUCUCUUCCGCUGAGAAGCUAAAAUGACUAAACAGUAGUUAGUAGUAGAACAUAACUGCAUAGUUUUCUUUGUGUGUGCUUUUUGCUAUUAACGUUUCGUUAUUUGGUUUCUAAUUUUUGAUUCGUUGCAGGGAGAGCCAGGAGAGGGAGGUCAACGAGGAUAUCCCGGAAAUGGCGGACUCCCAGGACAGCCUGGAUUGCCUGGAAUGAAGGGAGAGAAGGGAUUGUCCGGACCAGCUGGACCAAGAGUAAAAACAACUUCUAUCAGUACCCCUACUAAGUCAUUUCUUUUUAGGGAAAGGAAGGACGUCCAGGAAACGCUGGACCACCAGGAUUCAAGGGAGAUCGCGGUCUUGAUGGAAUCGGCGGAAUCCCAGGACUCCCAGGACAGAAGGGAGAAGCCGGAUAUCCAGGAAGAGACGGACCUAAGGGAACCUCUGGACCACCAGGACCACCAGGAGUGAGCACACAUCUCUAGAUGGAUUCACAGUAAUUUUUUGUUUUUAGGGCGGCUCCUUCAGUGACGGACCACCAGGACCACCAGGUCUUCCAGGACGACCAGGAAACCCAGGACCACCAGGAAUGGACGGAUUCCCGGGACAGGCAGGACCAGCCGGACCAAUCGGAAACCCAGGAGGACCCGGUCUUCCAGGAUUCCCAGGAAACGAAGGACUCCCAGGACCAAAGGGAGAUAAGGGAGACGGCGGAAUUCCAGGAGCACCAGGAGUCUCCGGACCACCAGGACUUCCAGGACUUGCUGGACCAAAGGGAGAGCCAGGGUGAGUCAUGUGAUCUGUGAUCUUUUUCGAAAGCAAGUAAUCUAGUUAAAAGGUGCUUCACAGCUGCGUUCUCGUUUUUGUUAUGAGCUUGAAACGGUGUCUCACAACAGAUGGAGAGUGUUGUGGGGUGUAAUUCUAGACCCACAAGGAUAUUGUUUAUCAUUAUUUUGACCUACAGUAGUAUUUGAUACACAUGGCGGCUAGAUUUGUAUUUGUGAUCAUUUUUAGUUUCUUAGAGUGAGAAAGGCUUGCAUUGAUUAUGUUUUAGUAAACCUCGAGAGGCAGUGACUCUCGCAGGUAUUUUUAUAUAUUUCGUUCAUUAUGAAGCAGUGUUCCCCAAAUGUUUUGUUCCCUAAGCAUCUGUCAAACUUUGAACAAACGAACAAUCUGCUCUUAUUUCAGAUACCGUGGAACACCAGGACAGAGCAUCCCAGGACUUCCUGGAAAGGACGGAAGACCGGGACUUGACGGAGCCGUCGGAAGAAAGGGAGAGCAAGGUCUUCCAGGAGUCCGUGGACCACCAGGAGACUCGCUCAACGGACUUCCAGGAGCACCAGGACCACGUGGAGCUCCAGGACCAAAGGGAUACGAUGGACGUGACGGAGUGAACGGACUUCCAGGAGCUCCAGGAUCUAAGGGAGACAGAGGAGGCACCUGCUCGGCUUGCGCCCCCGGAACCAAGGGAGAGAAGGGACUGCCAGGAUAUCCAGGACAGCCAGGACCACAGGGAGAUCGUGGACUUCCAGGAAUGCCGGGACCGAACGGAGACGCUGGAGAUGAUGGUCUUCCGGGACCAGCUGGACGUCCAGGAUCCCCAGGACCGUCGGGACAAGAUGGUCUUCCAGGAGUUCCAGGACAAAAAGGAGAGCCAACUCAACUUGUGCUCAGACCAGGACCACCAGGAUACCCAGGACUCAAGGGAGAGAACGGAUUCCCAGGACAGCCAGGAGUCGAUGGACUCCCAGGAGCACCAGGACCAGUCGGACCAUCCGGACAACCAGGAUACCCCGGAUCUAAGGGAGAUGCUGGACUUCCAGGACUCCCAGGAAAGCCAGGACAAGAUGGACUCCCAGGACUUCCAGGAAACAAGGGAGAGACCGGAUACGGACAGCCAGGACAGCCAGGAUUACCAGGACUGAAGGGAGAGUCCGGACUCCCAGGACUUCCAGGAACUCCAGGACUUCAAGGAUUGCCAGGAGAGCCAGCUCCAGAAAACCAAGUGAACCCAGCUGCCCCAGGACAGCCAGGACUUCCAGGAUUGCCGGUUAGUUACUUCGCUUGCAGGUCAAAUGUAUAAUGUAUUUGCUUUGUAGGGAACUAAGGGAGAAUCCGGAUAUCCAGGACGCCCAGGAGAAAUCGGACAAUCUGGACUUCCAGGACUUCCAGGACACAAGGGAGACUCUGGACUGCCAGGACCACCAGGACUGCCGGGACACCCAGGAGUGCCAGGAGACAAGGGAUUCGGAGGAGUUCCAGGACUUCCAGGAGUUCCAGGACCGAAAGGAGAACUCGGAAACCCAGGACUUCCAGGCCUCCCAGGAGGCAAGGGAGAGCCAGGAGUCGGAGUGCCAGGUCAACCGGGAGCGCCAGGAUUCCCAGGACUUAAGGGAGACGCUGGACUUCCGGGACUUCCAGGACAGCCAGGACUUGAAGGACAACGCGGACACCCAGGAGCGCCAGGAUUGAAGGGAGAGAACGGAGUUCCUGGUCUCUCAGGACAACCUGGAUACCCAGGAGCGAAGGGAGAGCUCGGACAGCCAGGAUUGCCGGGACGCGAAGGAUCUCCAGGAUUCCCAGGACAAGAUGGACUUCCAGGACUUCCAGGACAAAAGGGAGAAGAUGGACUUCCAGGUCUUCCGGGAGUCACCGGACUCAAGGGAGAUUCCGGACAGCCGGGACUCUCCGGAGCCCCAGGACUGCCAGGAUCGCCAGGAUACCCCGGAAUGAAGGGUAACGCCGGAAUUCCAGGAGUGCCAGGAUACAAGGGUAAGCAUUAUACAGAUCAUAAUAUUAUCUCUUCCAAAUCUAACGUGUUUUUUAUACAGGAGACGCUGGGCUCCCAGGACUGCCAGGAGUCAACGGACCAAAGGGAGAGCCAGGAGUUCCAGGGCUCUCCGGAACCCCAGGACAAAAGGGUAACGGCGGUUUGCCAGGAGUGCCAGGACGCGAAGGACUCCCCGGAAUCCCAGGAGUUAAGGGAGAUCGUGGAUUCAACGGACUUCCAGGAGAGAAGGGAGAAGCUGGACCAGCGGCUCGUGAUGGACAGAAAGGAGAAGCCGGUCUUCCAGGACAGCCGGGUCUUCGGGGACCACAAGGGCCAUCGGGACUCCCAGGAGUUCCAGGAUUCAAAGGAGAGGCUGGUCUCCCCGGCUACGGACAGCCAGGAUCGCCCGGAGAGAAAGGACUUCCAGGAAUCCCAGGAAAAGCCGGACGCCAAGGAGGCCCAGGAGCCCCAGGACAAGACGGACUUCCCGGAUUCCCCGGACUCAAGGGAGAAGCCGGAUACCCAGGACAAGACGGUCUCCCAGGACGCGACGGACUUCCCGGAGUCCCAGGACAGAAAGGAGAUCUCGGACCGAACGGACAACCAGGACUCCCAGGAGCACCGGGUCUUGACGGCCAGUCCGGAGUCCCCGGAAUUCGCGGAGAUAAGGGCCAGAGUGGUUUGCCAGGACUACCUGGGGAUCGCGGAAUUGAUGGCUAUCCAGGCCAGAAAGGAGAAAACGGAUACCCAGGACAGCCAGGACUCCCAGGACUCGGAGGAGAGAAAGGAUUCGCCGGAACCCCAGGAUUCCCAGGAUUGAAGGGAUCUCCGGGAUACCCGGGACAAGAUGGACUUCCAGGAGUUCCAGGACUCAAGGUAAAUGAAACACAAAUAUAUUUUCUGAUCAAACUAUAAUGUUUCAGGGAGACUCUGGAUUCCCAGGAGCCCCAGGACAAGAGGGACUUCCAGGACUUUCUGGAGAGAAGGGACAAUCUGGACUCCCAGGACUACCAGGACAGCCAGGACAAUCCAUUCCAGGACCAGUCGGACCACCAGGAGCCCCAGGACUCCAAGGAAAGGAUGGAUUCCCAGGAUUGCCAGGACAGAAGGGAGAUUCGGGACUUUCUGGACUUCCAGGAGCACCAGGAUUGAAGGGUUAGUUUAUGAGCAAUUCGAAAUCGUACUCAACAUGAAUCGUUUUCAGGAGAUUCUGGUCUGCCAGGAUUCCCAGGAGCUAAAGGAGAGCCAGGAACGAACGGAAUCCCAGGAAAGCGCGGAGAUGACGGACUUCCAGGAGUGCCAGGAAGAGACGGACAGCCGGGACUUCCAGGACUGAAGGGAGAGCUCGGAGGAGUCGGCCAGCCCGGACAGCCAGGAUUCCCAGGAAUUCCAGGACUUAAGGGAGAGGGAGGCCUUCCAGGAUUCCCAGGACCAAAGGGAGAAUCUGGAUUCCCAGGAACUCCAGGAGUUCCAGGAUACGCCGGAGAAAAAGGAGACGGAGGACUUCCAGGACUUCCAGGAAGAGACGGACUCCCAGGAGCCGAUGGACCACAGGGACCCCCAGGGCUUCCAGGACCACAAAACAUUGUCGAGCCAGGACAGAAGGGACUUCCAGGACUUCCAGGAGCUCCAGGACUCCGCGGAGAGAAGGGAAUGCCAGGACUUGACGGACCGCCAGGAAACGACGGACCGCCAGGACUCCCAGGACAGCGCGGAAACGACGGAUACCCAGGAGCCCCAGGACUAUCAGGAGAGAAGGGAAUGGGCGGACUUCCAGGAUUCCCAGGACUCGACGGAGCCCCAGGAGGACCGGGAGCCCCAGGACUUCCAGGAGCUCCAGGAGCUGCCGGACCAGCCUACAGAGACGGAUUCGUUCUUGUCAAGCACUCUCAGACCACCGAAGUGCCAAGAUGCCCAGAGGGUCAAACCAAGCUGUGGGACGGAUAUUCCUUGCUCUACAUUGAAGGAAACGAGAAAUCCCACAACCAAGACCUUGGUAAGUUUCACGCCGAUUUGAAUAUUAAUGAAUAUGUUAAUGAGAAUUUGUUACAGGACACGCCGGAUCUUGCCUCCAACGCUUCUCGACCAUGCCAUUCCUGUUCUGCGACUUCAACAACGUCUGCAACUACGCCUCGAGAAACGACAAGUCCUACUGGCUGUCGACCUCCGCCGCCAUCCCAAUGAUGCCAGUCAACGAGCGCGAAAUCGAGCCGUACAUCUCUCGCUGCGCCGUGUGCGAAGCCCCGGCCAACGUGAUCGCCGUCCACUCGCAGACCAUCCAGAUUCCAAACUGCCCAGCCGGAUGGAGCAGCUUGUGGAUCGGAUACUCGUUCGCCAUGCACACCGGAGCCGGAGCCGAGGGAGGUGGUCAAUCGCUGUCUUCCCCGGGAUCCUGCUUGGAGGACUUCCGUGCCACUCCGUUCAUCGAGUGCAACGGCGCCCGCGGAUCUUGCCAUUACUUUGCCAACAAGUUCUCAUUCUGGCUUACCACCAUUGACAACGAUACCGAGUUCAAGGUAAGCAAGGUCUUAUGUAAAACUUUAAUUGUAACAUGCAUUUCAGGUGCCGGAGAGUCAGACGCUCAAGUCUGGAAACCUUCGCACUCGUGUCUCGAGAUGCCAAGUGUGUGUCAAGUCAACUGACGGACGUCAUUAA